AUGUUGCUAGGGAAACGUUCACGCCAUCCGAUCGAGAGGACGACAAGCAUGACAGGUAUCACCGUUGAUGUCUCCAACAUAAAGGAUGCCCAAGAACCAAUUAUAUCCGAUCCUCUCCCUCCUGGUCGUGACAUAUAUAUGUAUAGGGGGGAUACAGCGUUUUGUAGUCUAGAGUGCAGGGAACAGCUGACGAAGCAAUACGAAAGAAAAGAAAAAUUGAACGUUGUAGCUGAAAAGAAAGAAGACGGCCAUUCAUCUUCAAUCACCACCUCCUAGCAAAGCUUCUACUAAAACCGAGCCUGUGGCUGCUGCUUCAGCUUUGAAGUUGAUCAUCAGGAUUCAGGAGGUGUAAUCGAAAACCCAAACCCAUCGGCCAACAAAUAAAUUAAUAAAUAAAUAAUGCAACUCGACCGUCUUUCGUCAUCGUUUGUGCUCCUAGGCUCCAUUAUUAAAGCCCACUAAUGUUUCACAGUAUUAUAAAAGAUGAUGAUGAUGAAAAUAAUAUUAUGAAUCUGUAAUAUUGGGUUAAAAAAAUUAAAUAUAUUAAAAAACAAAAAUAUAGUGGGUGCAUAUAUAUGAGUGUGUG